CUCACCCAGGUGGCGCUCAUCCGUGGGCCCGCGGGGCGGGGCGAGAUCGGGGAGGGGGCUGGGCCGGGGCAUGAUGGAGGCCGAGCCGGCGCCAGACCUCUCCGUGAUGGUGCUGAGAGAACUACUGGCGCCAUCAUGUCUGGAACCCGAGCCGCUCCCCGGACCCCCUGCCCAACAGGCGCCGAGGACCCCAAGAUGCCUCAGACCCAGUAGCAGGUGCGUGAAGGAGCCGCCCUCUCUCCCAAAUGGGCCCAGUGACCAAGGGGUCAUGACCCUGGUUCGGUUCCCGGGGUUAUUCAGGAGCCACCGUGUUAGUUACUGGUACUUACAAAGCCGAGGCUCUGAUCCCCAGGGAUACGUGGGGUCCCGUGUCGCCAGGGGCCAUGCAGUUGCCCUCGCUGAGGCCUGUGUGGGGCUGCCCAGGAAAGGGGGUGACCACACUGCCCUUGUCCCCAGUUCCUUCUGGCCUGCACGUCAGGACUCCGCCACCAGCCUGCAUCUCCUCCCAGAGACAGAAGCGGGGCUGGCGGAGCCCCCUGCCCAGGACACCCCGGCCCAGGGCCCCUGCUGGGAGCCGAAGGCUCUGGGGGUUUUGGAUCCUCCGCCCCUGGCCGGGGAUCCCAGGGCCAUGCUGACCCCAACUGGUCAGCGAGGAGGCAGCCUGGGGCCUCCCGAGAUUUCCGCAGCCCCUCCAGCCCCACCUCGGAGGAGGCCCCGGAAGCAGCCAAACCCGCGCCAGGGCGCCGAGAAAGUGGACCCCCGGUUCGCGGGAGUGACCCUGAGGUUUCAGAUAAAGCCGGACUCCAGCCUUCAGAUCAUCCGCAGCUACAGCCUGGCCAGCAGCAGCCGCUCUCAGGCUCCCCCUACAGGCCCCGAGGCCAACCCAGGAGGCAGCGAGGCCCAGGGGCCCAGGCGCUGUGCUUCUUGCAGGACCCAGAGAACCCCACUCUGGAGAGAUGCCGAAGAUGGGACGCCUCUCUGCAAUGCCUGUGGCAUCAGGUACAAGAAGUAUGGCACCCGGUGCGCCAGCUGCUGGCUGGUGCCCAGGAAGAAUGUGCAGCCCAAGAAGUUAUGUGACAGAUGCGGGAUGUUCCUGGGCCCCAACCAAGGCCCACCCCAGGAAGGGGACCCCAGGCAGAAGAUCCAGGCAGAAGAGACAGGCCCUAGAGCCCCUGUCUCAGAGGUUCACUGGCCUCUUCCGUGGCCCCUGCUUGGCUGAGCUCCCCCGCAGGAAGUGUUCGCAGUAGGAACUCGUGCUGUUUGUGAAUAGAAUGGACAAUAAAGAGCAGAACUCCUCAGA